AUGCCGGUCACAGUAUUUGACCUGAUGCUCGAGCCGUGUCGUCCGCCCCUCACUGUCGAUAACGAACUUACUGUCACUACAAAACCGUGGACGAGGGAAUAUCAUGACUUUUUAGAAUCUGAUGUGACGAUGGACUUCAACCACCUCAUGGUCCCAUGUCUUGCGAAAGCUUUUUCUGGUGCUUCUGCACUUACUAGUCAGGGUCGCCACUCAGCUGUUUUGCCCGGUGCUCCCCUCCUCUGGCCACGAUCACAGGUUGGACCGAGAGGAUCGACAAUUUCCUCAGCGAUGGUUGAUUACCAAAUGACAAUGCCACACUCAGGACGGGUUCUUGAGCGCGCUGCUAUGAUCGGGGAAAUGGAAAGGCCCCUUACUGUCAGGGGAAAGGAAUGGGGAUCCCGGGGACCCGUUAGUACAGCGACCACCAAACUCCAAAGAGAGCUCAGAGGGCUAGAAACCGCGAUGAGAUCAGGAGCCGAAGGUGUCGCAUCGAUUGUUGUGUUAUCCCCCCGAGGAACAAACCUUCUCUACAAGCUAGGAACCGACGACGGCGUUUAG